UCACAGAGCACCAUCUCACCACCACUCAGUCACAGAGCACCAUCGAACGGAGAAGAUGAUAACGCUCGGGAUGGGAUCUCCUUGCUGCCGUCCUCCACAUCUCCUCACGUCCCUGCUUCCUUCUUUUCACUUAGGAUUUUGCAUCGAGUUAUAUCCUUGACUCGAAGGCUUCGGCGCCUCUCUACCAGGGGCAUUUCUCCUGGAGAAUUAAUGGCGAAAAGGGAGAAGGAGAUGAGUGCGAUACGGUUGAAGAUGACGAAGGAAAUCAAUAAGGAGGUGGACCUCAGAGCGAAGCUCUUCGUGCUCCGGGUCCAGAAAUCUGCGUAGAACGAGUUCAAAUCUAAGAAAUGACUUUUCCAAAGUUGCUGCUUGCAUGGCUCAUGUGACCAGAACCGAUGAGUGUGAAGGAAGAGAGAUGUGGCUGUGAACCAUGGACACGUCGUGCACCUUGCCAACGAGGACGAUUUGGAUGGAUUAGUUAAUUAAUUAGCACGGAAGUCUUCGGUGACUACUACAUCCAACGGCAGAGAGUUAAUUAAUGCAUUCUUGGCGCCCACGAAAACUGAUAUCAGAAAAUAAGAAAGCAUCAAGUUCAGUGAAAAUGAAGUCUUCGGUGACUACUAUAUACAUCCAACAGCGUAGAAUACCGAUAUCAGAAAACAAGAAAGCAUCUUGGUCAGUGAAAAGUAUUUACCAUAAUGAUAAUAAGGUUCUAUAUAAAGAUCAAAAGACUUAUCAGAGGUGCAUCGAAAGCUUUGUCUGAGGAUUAUUUGCACUGCAACAGCAACUAAUUAAUCUAGUUUCUAUCCGAGGCAAACAAGACCAAGACAUGGAGCGCUCAACCAAAGCUCAUCUCGUGUGCAUGGCAGUCCCUGCUCAAGGCCACAUCAACUCCAUGCUCAACCUCGCCAAAGUCCUCCACUCCAAGGGCUUCUUCAUCACCUUUGUCAACACCGAGUUCGUCCACCGUCGCUUCCUCAAGAAUCCCGAAUCACUCUCCUCCCUCGACGGCCUCCCUGACUUCCGCUUCGCCAGCAUCCCCGACGGGGUCUCGCCCUCCAACGACGGCGACGAACACAAACAAGACAUUCCUAAUCUCAGUCUAGCAAUAAAAAACAACUGCCCUGCUCCAUUUCUCAAGCUUUUAUCUUCAAUGAACGAUCCGAACUCUGGUCUGCCGCCCGUUAAUUGCGUGAUCUCAGAUUGCUUCGCCAGCUUUACCCUUGAUGCCACCACCAAAUUGGGGAUCCCUAACGUAUUUUACUGCGCAUCAAGCGUGUGUGGCUUCAUGGACUUCUACUACUGCAAGGAUUUGAUGGAGAGGGGAAUCAUCCCAUUGAAAAGUGAAGAUGAUCUUACAAAUGGUUACUUGGACACCUUAAUUGAUUGGAGACCAGGAAUGAUAGACGUCCACAUGAGAGACUUGACAAGUUUCAUACGAACCACCAACCGUAAUGAUAUAUUGCUCAACUUUAUCAUUGAUGAGACUCAUGCAUCUCUCCAAGCCACAGCAAUCAUCUUCAACUCGUUCUCCGAAUUAGAAUCACCACUUCUUAAAGCAUGCUCAUCGAUGCUACCUUCAGUGUUCGACAUCGGCCCCAUGUGCCUGCUUUCUCAGUACAUUUCUAAUGAUUCAUCAAUCACAUCGUUCGGUAGAUUAAACCUUUGGAAAGAGGACUUGGGUUGCUUGGAAUGGUUAGACGAAAAGGAACCGGGUUCUGUGUUGUAUGUCAACUUUGGUAGCAUGGCAAACUUGACGAGUAAACAGCUCUUGGAGUUCGCAUGGGGUCUGGCCAACAGUGCAUGCCCGUUCCUUUGGGUUAUUAGACCGGACCUUGUUGAGGGCGACACGGCGUUGUUGCCACAAGAGUUCUCGGAGAUGACCAAAGGAAGGAGCUUCAUCACAAGCUGGUGCCCGCAACAGAGAGUGUUGUCUCAUGCCGCAGUUGGAGGUUUCUUGACACACUGCGGAUGGAAUUCUACAACGGAGAGCAUAUGCGCAGGAGUUCCCAUGAUCUGCUGGCCAUUCUUUUCGGAUCAGCAAAUAAAUUGCAGGUACAUAUGCUCUGUUUGGAAAAUUGGGAUGGAGAUUAAUGAAGAUGUAGAGAGGGAAGAGGUGGCGAGAUUAAUCGAGGAGAUGAUGAGAGGGCAGAAGGGGAAGGAGAUGAAGAAGGCGGCAAUGGAGUGGAAAGAGAAAGCAUUUGAGGCAGCCAAACCUGGUGGAGGAUCUUGGAUAAAUUUGGAGAGGCUUAUCAAGGACAUAAUUACAAAAGAGUGAAAGAAAAGAAAAGAAGAAGAACAAGAUAUGAAUAUAAGAAUAAUCAUGGAAUUCCACUUUCAUAUAGUUUUCAUGUCUUAUAUCAGUGUAAUCCGAAUUUUUAUAUUGAAUAAAUAUACGUGUCGUUGAAUUG